CCGCACUCUCAACAUACUACCAUAAUAUCCACUAUAUCCGACCACUUGAACUACCCGGCGGAACGGUAACACGCCGAGGCCCAUUCAGACUACUUUAAUAAGACGGAAAAGUGAUAAAGAAAGCCUCAUUUCUUAACGGCCCCCCCCCCCCUCCCCACCUUGUUUAGACCGGCCUGAGGUCACGACCACAAGGGAGAGUUUCGAGGAGAAAGUGCGAUACAGUUGUUUUAUUUUUUAUUUUUUUUCCCCACCCCUGAGAAUGGGGCAAAUCUGAGGGUUUAGAGAAAAGGGAAAAAGGCGGACCGCAGCUCACUGAACGACCAACAAGUUGGAGUGUGUUUAAUGGCGAGAACUACUUGAAACCUCCUCGGCUACAACAGGAACAGAGGAAGAGCAGCCGCCGCCGCCACACAUUUUGAGAACACAUUACCUGCCCGCGUACAAUUGAAGAGAGGAUGUCUUGGCUGAGCGAGCUGAUAUGGACGGACUGGAUUUGGUUUCCUGAAGGCCACGGCUGGGCUGACCUGAAGGACCACGAUGACCAAGUCUUCCCCAAAAUGCAGGACCUCUGGGCUACUAUCCCCAUUGCUCUCUGCUUCCUGGUCAUCAGACAGAUAUUCGAGAGGACAGUAGCGAUUCCUCUGGCCUCUCUGCUGGGAGUGAGUGACAAGCAGCGUGUUUGUGCUCCUCCAAAUCCCACCCUGGAAUCCUAUUUCUGCAGUACAUCAAAGCAUCCCACACAGAGCUCCAUAGAGAGUUUAAGUAAACAAACGGGCUGUUCAGUGCGACAAGUCCAGAGGUGGUUUAGGCAGCGGAGAAACCAGGACCGGCCCAGCAAGCUCAAGAAGUUUCGGGAAGCCAGUUGGAGAUUUACCUUUUACCUUCUUGCUUUCUUUGCUGGCCUGGCAGUCCUUAUUGAUAAACCAUGGUUCUAUGAUAUGAAGCAGAUGUGGGAUGGCUUCCCAAAAAUGCCACUGUUGCCUUCUCAGUACUGGUACUACAUGAUCGAAUUAGGCUUCUAUGUCUCACUGCUUUUUAGCGUAGCAUCGGAUGUCAAACGUAAGGAUUUCAAAGAGCAGAUAGUUCACCAUGUAGCCACCAUCCUCCUUAUCAGUUUCUCUUGGCUGGUCAACUACAUCCGGGCAGGGACUUUGAUCAUGUUAGUGCAUGAUGCCUCUGACUAUCUAAUGGAGUCAGCCAAAAUGUUCAACUACGCAGGUUGGAGGAAAACCUGCAACUUCAUCUUCACUGUGUUUGCUGCCGUUUUCAUCAUCACCCGUCUCGUUAUCCUCCCCUUCUGGAUCAUACAUACUACAUGGGUGUACCCCCUGACCCUCUACCCCCCCUUCUUUGGCUUCUACUUCUUCAACGGGCUGCUGCUUGUGCUGCAGGUUCUGCAUAUCUUCUGGGCUGCGCUCAUCUUGCGCAUGGUCAUCAAAUUCCUGCCAGGAAAUGAAAUUGUUGAGGAUGAGCGGAGUGAUAAGGAGGAGACCGAGUCAGAAGAUGAUGACGAUCGAGAGCGGAGGGAAAAAUCCAAAAACGGCCACAUGCAGAAUGGCCACGCUCCCAUAAACAACAACCACAGAAAGAGGUACUGAUUGGACAGUGAGAGGUGGAGAUGAGGCCAUGUGAGGACUGACGACGGGCCUUCACAUGUGGCCCUAUCUGACAGCCAAAGAACGAGAGCGUGGCAUGUUGAAAGAGGCAGCAGGCAGCGCACACACACACACACACACACACACACCCACAGACACACACACACACACACACACACACACACACACACACACACACACACACACACACACACACACACACACACACACACACACACACACACACACAGUAUACACAGACUCAUAUAUCUUUACCCUCCUUUCUGAAACCCUGGUAGUCCAAUGAGGAUCAUUUGACCGCUCUGUGGAUUACCCUAAUUUAAAUGGUGAGAAGAAGACUGCGCUGCAGAACCUCAGUGAUCUCCUUAGCCCCUAAGCAGCAGAGUGGUUUUCUCGUUACACACAUCCUCUCCUCUUUUCCCUCUGCUUCAGUGUAUUUUGCUAUUUGCCAAGAUUUUGUGCUUUUGACCAAGUUGCCGAAUCUGCCUGCUUGUAGCUUUAUGUUUUGUUACUGGAAGUGUUUUAAGAGAUGCUGUGGUUAGGAUGGGCAUUCCCUUCCUGCACAGUCAGUUAAUACUCUUCUAAGUAUUACUGCCCUUAAACUUGACAGAUUUUGCUCUAAAUAACCACACUGAAGUCAGUGACAUUGUAAGGAGCACUAAGGUGAAUGAGGCCAUGUCUUUCUAUGGACCAUAAUCUGAUUUAAGUCUAUUUACCAAAGUCCAGAGUGUCAUUUAAUACUGAAUCUGUGCAAGUUUGUUUUUGCACCUGCCAUUUUGUCACUUUGGUUCUUGCCAGUGGGUUUGAGCCGGUGUUGCUAAAAUAUAUUUGUUCCAAUGAUGUUUAAAACAAAGUAAUUGGUGAUAAAUAAUGUUUGUUUUUUAACAGUUUGAAACAGUGCGAGAAGGUGCUACAUCUGCCAGGUGUGUUGAUAUGUGCCUUAAGUUUGUCUUAAAAUGCUUCGCCUUAUUGGAAGCGGAACGCACAGAGAUCAUUUUAAAUGUUUGUUUAUGUUUAUGCUUAAUGUCUUUUAGUUGUUUGAUUUUACUUUGCUUUGUGUUUUAUUUGUUUUCAGUCCAGUGAGCGGUUUAAAUUUGGGAGCAAUAUGUUUGAGUGUAACCCAAACCAAUCAGUAACUGGUUAUGAAUUCUGUAUGGGCUGGAAGAGUCAAUAGCAUUUCCAUUCAGUGUUGUUUUUCCCAUCCAUUCAAAGAUGCACUUUAUGGUUUCUUUUAUAGAUCAGCAUUGACUAAAUGUCUAGUAAAGAAGCUAGGUAAAAGUGUUUGAUUCAAAUUCAAACCUGACUUAUUUUUAGUUUAGGGAGAUUUAGAGUAUGAUUUCAAUUUUGUUGAAUAUUUAUUCUCAUUAUUAUCCACCCAAUAUCUUCUUCUUUCUCACUGUUUUGGUUCAUUUUGUAAAAAACAAAACAAAACAAAAGAAAAAAACGGUUUAAUGAAAUCUAAAGCGAUAAAACUGAAACACCAAAGUAUGGUUUACAUUUUGUAUGACCGUGUCAUUUUCAAGUGCCUUCACCAUUUCAAGUGUUAAUUGUAAAAAAAAAACAAAACAAAAAAAA